AUCAUGGUUUUGGACGAAGCGAUGGCUCACGUGGACGGAGAGACACAGAAUAUCAUUCACAACACCGUCAGGAAUGCCUUCAAAGACUGCACUGUCAUUACAAUCGCACACCGAUUGGCAACCGUUCAGGACUGCGACCGAGUUAUGGUUAUGAGCGAUGGAAAGAUUGUGGAGUUUGAUAAGCCAUCGGUUUUGGCCGCAAAUCCGGACUCAUUUUUCUAUCAAAUGAUUGCAAUUAAUCAAAAUUAACACCAAAUCAUUAUUAACAGAGAUAUUCUCGCAAAAUGCUUUAAUUUAAG